AUGGCAGAAGAGGUUUUUAAAUCAAAUGACACUGAUUAUAUUAGGAUUACAUUGGUUUUGCAUACCUCUUUUGAUAGGUUUGGAGAGGAUACUGUAGACCAGGUAAGAGAAAAUCAAAAAAAUAUUGUUUUUAGAUCCUGAGUUGGGGCGGGCCUGUGUCCCUCGCAAUAUCAUUCGCUCCAGGGCAUUGUCCAACAUCUGCAGACGUCAUUCGUUUGUACAGUAAGGUAGGAUUAUUAUUUUAGAUUACUUUAUUUUUUAGAUUCAAAAAUACCGUAAUCUUUUCCCAACACUUCGGCGAUUUCUCUCGGUAAACUUUGUAUUCUUUGGACCAAAUGUUAGUUGUAAUAAAAUUGGAAAUUAUGAAAAUUCAACUAGAGUAUCAGAAUGUGGAAUUAAAAAUGUUGAAUUUGAAUACCCAAUUAAUACGGUUAGAAAUGCCGCCAGAAAAGUAAGUGAAUGAAAAGAUUUCAAUUACUUUUUAGACUGCCAGAACGAAGUUUAUUGUGAUGGCUGACAGCGAUCAUUACUUCAGUAAAGAUUUUGAAAAGAAGAUAUUGCCUCUUGCCAAGAGGCUCCUGAGAAAAAAUAGUAAAAUUGUGUUGGUUUAUCGGAUAUUCGAAGUUGAAAAGACUGCAAAACGGUGAGAAUUUAAUGACUAUAAUUAGUUUUCCAGACCCGAAACAAAGGCAGACUUAUAUGAACUGUAUAAAAAUGGCUCGGCCAGAGAAUUCCACAAGAAUUUCUUUAAUCAUCAUAAGAUUCCUGGACAAUUGGCUUGGUUCUUACAGCCAGAAAUUAAUGGGAGUACUGCAAUUCAGAUGUAUCAACCGUAUGUCUUCAAUAUUGAUGAAUAAUCCAGUUUAUUUAAUACAAUUUUGGAUACUCUUAUAUGAUUUUAGCUACCUGGACUCUCGUUGGGAGCCGCAAUUUGUCUCCACCAAGUCCAUUCCUUUCCACGAUGAGAGUUUCUACUAUCCGAUCAAGGACAACACCGUCCUGGUGAGUUCAUCUCUUCCCAUCAAAACAAACCGUUUUUACGAGUCCUUAACAUGUCGAAUUUUAUAGCGAUGGGAAAUGUGCAGAGCCGGCUAUGUCUUCGGCAUCGUUCACGACGUUUUUAUGUUCCAUUUGGGUUAUAAAUCCCCCAAAUCCGAAAAGAGAAUCGCCGAACUGAGGGGCAAAAUGGCCUCGAGGGCCAAGAAAAGUCUGAUCUCCUUUAAUAAACGGAUGGAUCGGCUAUUCCCAAAAACAAAAAAUACAUGUCCCUCGUUCAAGAUCCCAUUAUAA